GGAGGAGGCGGAGGAGGAGGAGUGAUGGAGAGUAAUGUAGGUGGGGUGAAGGCGUAGGUGACCGUGACCAGCUCGGCAGUGUCGGGUAGGUGAUUGGAGUCCGCAGAACAGUCCUGCAUUGCAAUCAGCAGCAGCAGGCUGAGGACGCAGAGAGCUUCUACUUCUUCUUCGUCUUCUUCUUCUCGGUAGAGAGAGCGGGGCAGCAGACGAAGGCGAGCAGAAGUUUGGGGCGGGGGGAGAGGGGACAGGACGGGGGCAGGACGGAGACGGAUGGAUAGACAGGAAGCAAGAUAGAUUCCCGGCCCGGCCCGGUGCCUGGCAUUCUAUUUCCGAGAGGUGGUUUUUGGGAAGCCUGUGCGAGAGAGAGAGAGAGCAAAAGCCCGGGAAAAGGAAAAGCAGCGGACGAAAGUCAGAGCUGCUUCAAAUCCCCACCCGAACUCAAACUCGAACAAUUGUUCUGUCCCGAACUGACACGAAGCCAGCAGCCAGUCAGACCCCCAGAGAGAGACAGAGAGAGAGAGGGAGAGAGAGACGAGACCCACGGCAGCGCAGCGCAGCUCGGUUUACAAAUGUGGCCGGUGGGGGGACCAGAGACACGUUGAGAGGAGAGAGCGGCGCCCUCGCUCGUCUUCGCUCUCGUCCCCGUGCUUCGUGCUCGUGCUCGAGCGCGCCUGCCGGUCGCCCUCUCCCCUCGCGGAUGCCGGUAUCAGUCGCGCGACCCCAUUGCGUAGCGCUGUGGCGCAUUCGGUGUGUUCUCUCGAUUGAAUGAGUGAAUGAAUGCCACUCGAGUGGAAGAGAGUCUGUCUCGGUCGACGAGGGGAGGAGGAGGAGGAGGUUCUGUUGCGUAACCACAGGUGGUAGUUUGUAGUGGGACGAGUCGGGGCCUCGAGGUCAAGCAAACCGAAACGGGAGGGAGCGAGAGAGGGAAGGCAGGGCGAGGCAGGGCGAGAGCAGGCCCGACGAGCGAGCGAGAUGGUUCUGUGACAGAUUGAGAGACCGUCACAAGCGGAGAGCGUCGUGGUGCCACCGAGUCUUGUGCCCAGAGAGAGGGAGAGGGGGAGGGAGAGGGGGGAGGUGCACGAGCAUUAUCUGAGCACGAGCUCAGAAGGGCAUUCUGGGGGCUGAUUCGUCGGCUUUUCCGUUCGGUUGUGUUCGUUGGGAGGGAGGCGGGGAGCGAUUCAAAAAGGUUUGAAUAGCGGAGGCCCGGCCUGAGGGGAAACGGGGACUGCGGCAUUUCGAGUUUUCAUCGCCUUCUCGCCCUGGCUAUGGUGGCGGGAUUCCGUCUUCAAAGUGCAACAACUGCGUCGUCGCUGCUCUUGCUGCUCAAGCCCCCGGCAUUGCGCUCGUCGAGGCCGUCCUGGCUAUGGUGGCAGGAUCCGCUGUUUAAUUGCGCGUCCAGAGGAAGGGAUUAACAUUUUGUCUCAGCUGCUGUCGCAGCACAGCCAGCAGCACUGAUAACAACCACGAGACGAGUCGAUUUGACAUUCUGUCCGUCAUGAUGGGGAGGUCACGCGGGACGGCGAAAACCUCAGGGCCCCCGACUCAACUGCUGCUCAUCGAGCUCAAGCAUCGCAUUCUCGGCGCCCUCCACAAGCUGGCCGAUCGCGAUACUCAGCAAAUAGCAGUCGAUGACCUUGAGCGCAUUGUUCUCAGCCUGUCCCCCGAAGGAAUCUCCCUCUGCCUCAACUGCCUGUACGACACCGACGCUCAGCAGAAGAGCGUGGUUCGAAGGGAGUGCGUGAGGCUCUUCGGCACCCUCGCCACCGUCCAUGGAGAUUUGUUGAUGCCGCAUCUGACGAAGAUCGUCACUACAAUCGUCCGCCGGCUCAAGGAUCCCGACACCAACGUGAGGGAUGCGUGUGUGGAGACUAUGGGGUGCUUGUCUGCUCAGGUGCCCGGGGCAGGGGGCGAGGGAGGGCCGAUGCCCGUUUUCGUCAAGCCUCUGUUCGAUGCCAUGGGCGAGCAGAAUCGUAACCUGCAGAUUGGAGCCGCCCUCUGCGUGGCCAGGGUCUUCGAGUGCCUCAAGACCCAGCAGCCUGCCAUGCUCCAAAAACUCUGCCCCCGCAUUUGCAAGUUCUUCAACGCCCCCAGCUUCCAAGCCAAAGCUGCGCUUCUGUCUGCGAUCGGGAGUCUGUUCCAGGCAGCAGGCACAGGCGCUGCGCAGUACUUGACGUCACUGGUUCCCCUGGCGCAAGAGGCUCUCGAAAACACAGACUGGGCCACCAGAAAGGCUGCAGCGGACACUUUGGCUCGCUUAGCCUCGACCGUGGGUCCUGCGCUGGUUGCUUUUAAGCCUGCUUGUACUCAAGCUCUUGAGAAUUCGCGGUUUGACAAGGUCAAACCCGUUCGAGACAGCGUCGGAGAAGCACUUCAGCUAUGGAAGAAUCUACCCGCAGAACCCGAAAACACCAGUCCAGGCGGAACAGUUGCCAACAGAGACGGUGCGGCCAAAUAUUUCGAUAGGAGGCAGAGUUUGUCGAACACGUCACCGACCAACGGAUCGGGGAACUCCACUGGCGAUUCAAAUUCAGCCACUAAACCAGGCGGAGCUAAAAAAGGAUCUGGUAAAACGGGACCAGAAAGUAGGAGUGGCAGCAACACAAAGAGGCGACCUCCUCCUCUUAGUGACAUGAAACUAAACCCCGAUUUCUUUAAGAAAAUCGAGGGUAAAACUGAUGAUGACUGGGAAAUUGAGGUGGCCCUUCCUGAACCCCGAGAGGCACCCGAGGACCCGGCCGAAGAAGAUAAUCUGCAGGCUCAAGAUGUGAAAGUUGAGCACAUAAAGACCCAGGAUUAUGCAGGCAAUGGACUGCCUAAUGCUGAUGAGCAAGCAGCUGCGGCUAGACGAGCAGCUGUGGAGCAACAGUACCAAGAGAGUCUUGUUUGGAGGCGGGGGGAAUUCACCGGUACGAAUGAGAGGAGUUCCACAAAGCCUGGAAUUGGAUCUUAUGAUGGAAAGACUUUAAAUAAUAAUUUGUCAGUAAUCACAAAUCCUAUACCAGUCCUUGUGGAAUCUCCUUGGAUUGAGAAGGAUAGGGACGUGGACAGAGAUGUUGAUAGUUGGGAAACUAGUGGUCCUGCCACGAGUCCUUCAAGUAGUGCUACCUACGAAGACGAUGGUCCAGCCGUGAGUAGCAUGGAUGAAUGGACGUCUGUGCAGAAACAGCUACAACGGCUGGAGUUUCAGCAACGGAACCAUCUGAAAAUGUUCCAGGAGUUCAUGGCUGAUGUCCAUCAAAGCAUGCUCGAAAUGGACUUGAGGGUUCGAGGAUUAGAAAGAGUUAUCAAUUCCGCGCGCGAUGUGCCUAUGUCUGUGAGUAGAAUAAUGAACGGAAGCUCCUCGGGCUACGAAGCCCCUCCAGCUCGCUCUCUAAACAAGUUUCUGGCGAGUUCCCAGAGUUUGAGUGACAAGCUUAGAAAAGCAGCGAAUUCGAGUCGGGCAGCAUUCGCUGAUAGGGGGCCUGGCGGGGACCAAAUGGCCUCUUCCGGUAUGAGAAGCGGUAGAUCUUCACCUUGGAAGGCUAACGAUUCAGAUGCGGAUGGCUGGGAUGAUUACAGCCCUUCGAACAGGGUAGGACCAUCUAUCAUGUCUCACGCAGCUCCCCCCAUGGUCUCUCAAAGGAUAAUACAGAACUCACCCAACUCUCGAACUAAAAGGGGAGGUAGAGGAGCUCACGACAGCGAUCCGGCACCCAGGCAUGCGUGGGAGAGGUCUGGUGGAUCGGGAGCUUAUGGAGAAAAUCACGUAGUCAGAAGUGUGUGGCAGGCCUCCAAAGACGAGGCCACUUUGGAAGCCAUCAGAGGUGCUGGAGAAGAUCCAAGAGGGCCUGGAUCAGAACUAGAAAAACCACUUGGUGCUUCUGCUAGAAUGAACAACUCAGAUGUAGGAGGAGCCAAAGGCAAGGAAACUUUUUGGAUGCUAUGGAGUCGUGCCAUGGAUUACAUCCGAGUUGGAGACAUGGACGCAGCUUAUGUAGACGUGAUGUCUUCGGGAGAUGAGCUGCUGCUGAUCCGAUUGAUGAGUCACACCGGACCUGUCUUAAACAAAUUGGCCAGCGGCACGGCGUUGGAAAUGCUCCAAAUGUCCAUUCAGCUGCUGCAACAGCAGAGUUUCUUGGAUUCCGUCCUACCCUGGGUGCAUCAGGUUGCCGAUCUGAAUUCCACAAAGGGACCAGAGUUCUUAGGAUUGACUAUGGACGGUAAGAAAGAACUAAUUACGAGCCUUCAAGAAUCAGCUGCGAUGGAAUUUCCUGAAGGUUGGAUGGCGAGUUCAGUAGCAGAUGUGGCGGCACAGUUGUGCAGCGCUUGGUCAAUUGACCUAUGAGACCGUCUCUAACUUCACUCUUUAAACUCAACUACCCCUACUCAAUCACAUGACAUAUCAGCGAUGAGUUUGGGAGACCCAGACACCUUAGGUGACGUCUUUCUGUUUUGUACAAACGUUCAAAAGAUAUCACAGAUCAAUCGCAUUGAUCGUAAGCUUGCCACUGCUUGUCGUGGUGGAAUUUUUCGCUGUUUUUCUCUAACUUACGAGAAACUAAACUUAUCCACCUCAUGGGAUAGGAAGGACCCAACCAGCUAUCAGGCUUGUAGCUGUGGUAAAGCACUUUCAAGUACUUUAACCUGAAUGUGUAGCAUAUGUAGAUACUAGUCUAACUGUGGGCAUGUACUUCAUGACUUCAGCUGGAAUACCAUUCAAAUCUUAAGAUUCUUGCAA